AGAGCAGAUUGUGACAAGCUUCUCACCCUGUGUUACGUACUGCCUCAACUCGCUUUCUUCCGAGAAUACUCUUGUGGUCAACAACCUCUUUUGGGGAGGUGGUCGCUCACCGCGGUUUCCGUUAACCCACAAGUACUACUUUGAGAAAUCAAUCUUCUUCCACUCUUUUCACUUGGUUAAUCUAUUUGUUGACAAUCACCAUGCAUUUUCUUGCUUUUGAUAGCUAAGUUUUGGAACUUCUGCUAGGGAAAAAAAACAGCAUACAGAAGGAAUCAAGGAGCAUGUUAUUAACUUUUCAUUGGUUAGCUUGGUCCGUUAGUUGGGUUUCAACGCUCUCGUUGGCGAUCGAUGUAGGCACGAUGAGAGUGAUUCACCUCAGCCUCAUUUGUUCAUUCCGUUUUCUUCUUCUUUGCGAAAUUGAGUGUGUGCUCUCACCAUGAAACUGCAGGAGAACACGGCGCACGACCGAUGGGCUCGCAACGUUAGAUGCAGCUUGAGUUUAAAUUGAUACAUCGACGCACCAGACGUGGGAGAAGCCAGUAGCAUGAGGGACAUGGCAGAGAGGAGAUCAAGGCAUGGGCAUGGGCAUGGGCACGGGCAUGCCAACGUCGUGCCGUUCGGGGCAGGCGCAGGAGGAGGGUUGCAGCAUGGAGAGCAUGAGCAGGAGGUCAAGGAGAAGAAGCUCGACAUGAGCGGCCUGUCCAUGGACACUAUCCCGCACCUCACCAUGUCCCUUGGCCACAUCACCACCUUGGACCUCUCCAACAACAAUCUCGAGAGCAUUCCAGAGUCAAUGAUCGCGCGGCUGCUGAACGUGGUGGUGCUGGACGUGCGCUCCAACCAGCUCAAGUCGCUGCCCAACUCCAUCGGCUGCCUCUCCAAGCUCCGGGUCCUCAACGUCUCCGGCAACCUGCUCCAGUCCCUUCCCGCCACCAUCGAGGAGUGCCGUGCGCUGGAGGAGCUGAACGCCAACUUCAACCAGCUGACGCGGCUGCCGGACACGCUGGGCUUCGAGCUCCACAGCCUCCGGAGGCUCUCCGUCAACUCCAACAAGCUCACCAGCCUCCCCUUCUCCACGUCCCACAUGACGGCGCUGCGGGCCCUGGACGCGCGCCUCAACUGCAUCCGCGCCCUCCCCGAGGGCCUCGAGAACCUCGUCAACCUCGAGGUGCUCAACGUCAGCCAGAACUUCCACUUCCUUAGGGAGCUGCCCUACGGCCUGGGGCUCCUCACCUCGCUCCGGGAGCUUGACAUCAGCUACAACUCCAUCUCCGUGCUCCCAGACUCCAUGGGCUGCCUAGCCAAGCUCAACAAGUUCAGCGCCGUCGGGAACCCGCUCGUCUGCCCGCCUAUGGACAUCGUCGAGCAGAGCCUUGACGCCAUGCGUACCUACCUCAGCUCCAGGAUGAACGGCACCGGCGUCAACGCCAAGAAGAAGAAGGGGUGGCUGCCCAGGAUGGUCAAGUACAACACCUUCUCCGGGCGGAUGACUCCCGGACGCAAGAGUGCCCACGACAACUCUGAGGGCUUCUCGAUGUCGGAUUACCACUCACUCAACGGCUCCGCAUCUCCGGGGUUCCUCUCCAUGCUUUCGCCACGACGGCUCUUCUCGCCACGGAGAGAUUCGCCCAAGCAUCAUUAAGGGUGGUCCACUUUGUAAGUGGUUUGAUCCUUCAAGUAUUCAGAGGAAAUGCUCCUAGGUGCUGCUGUUUCUGCAGGUGUGUACAUAUGUCUGAAGAGGUAUAUAUAUAUACAGUAGUGUGUAGUAGUACAAUAGGGCAUUGAUGUACAUAGAAACAAAGAAGAGCGCUUUUACUUUCCUUCUGUAUUUUUGUUUACUCGUUACAGUCUUACAGAUGCUUUUGUAAGUGCAGUGGAUUUUGAGUGAAAUUGUAAUCCUUUAUAUGUUGAAUGAACAUAAAGCUUGAGGUUUGGAAUGCAA